AUGGGUUCAGGCUGGGAUAAAGAUCGUAACUGGGACAUAUACGCCCACAAGCAUCGUAAUGAUCGCAAUCCGACAGAUGCCAAGCUCGAUCCUUAUGGCACUGGAAUUCGCCCUGAACCAUAUCGAAACGGUCUUGGCGCAUCGAUACUCGGCCCGCGCAAUCGGGAUAGAGAGAAGCAGGAUCCAGAUAUGAUUCGUCCACCGUCGACGGACUCUGGACAUAUGCCUAAUUUGAAAUGGAGCUUCGCUGACUCCCACAUGAAGAUCGAGGAGGGAGGAUGGGCGAGAGAGACUACUGUCAGAGAGCUUCCCACGAGCAUCGAGCUUGCGGGAGUCAACAUGCGACUCGAUGAAGGCGCUAUUCGGGAACUGCAUUGGCAUAAAGAGGCUGAAUGGGGAUAUGUCCUGGAGGGGACGACUCGCGUUACUUGUCUUGACAAUGAGGGAGGCAACUUUUCGGACGAAGUCAGCAAAGGCGGACUCUGGUAUUUCCCAUCAGGUGUUCCGCACAGCCUUCAGGGAAUGGGUCCAGGUGGAACUGAGUUCCUCUUAAUCUUCGAUAACGGAAACUUCAGUGAAGAAGAGACUUUCUUGCUCUCAGACUGGCUUGCACACACGCCCAAGUCAGUGAUCGCACAAAACUUUCGCCUCUCUCCAGAAAUAUUUGCCAACAUUCCCCAGAAGGAGAAGUAUAUCUUUCAAGGGAGUGUCCCCUCUGCAAUAGAGCUUGAACAACCUUCCCGUGGUGGUGUGAAAGCUUCAAAGUAUCGAUUCACGCACAAAAUGCUGGACCAGGAGCCCCUGGAUGCCACUGGUGGUCAGGUCCGGAUUACUGACUCUACUAACUUCCCUAUCUCAAAGACUGUGGCUGCUGCUCAUGCUACAAUAAAUCCCGGGUGCCUCCGUGAGUUACACUGGCAUCCGAACGCUGAUGAAUGGUCCUUCUUUAUCAAGGGUAGAGCUCGAGUCACAGUCUUUGCGGCAAGCGGAGUAUCCCGAACAUUCAACUAUGUUGCCGGUGAUGUGGGUAUCGUGCCAAAGAGCAUGGCACAUUAUGUCGAAAACCUGAGUGAUGAAGAGCCGGUUGAAAUGCUGGAAAUCUUUCGGGCACCUAAGUUUGAAGAUUUCAGUCUUGAGCAGUGGCUAGCCUCGACGCCGGAUAGAAUGGUGAAGGAGCAUCUUUUUGCGGGGGACUCCGAGAGUGGACAGAAGUUCUUGAAAGCUCUCAAGGGGACAAAGGAUCCUAUCAAAAGUCCUUCAAGAGAAUCUAAAUUGUAG